AUGAAGCUUCCUCUCUUCCUGACGCUCUCCUGGGCGGUCUCGUGCCUGGCUUCCAUGGGUGCAGGCCCCUAUCAAACUGUGUAUAUCUGGUAUGCCUACCAGAUGGAGCUCCAGCUUUACGGCAUCGGCAACACCCAGAUUUUGGCCCACUGCCGCGGUUCCGGUGCAGGUGGCUCUUGCGCGUUUGACGAGUUCCUGCGCGAUCUCGAUGGCAACAAGGCCCAAAAGAAAACUGUUUGGAAAGGCUCGACGGACGUGGGCAUGGUGACGGACUUUGACGUGGACAGCGUAGCGAAGAAGCUCGUCGACGCCAACUACGGGAGCUACUACGACUUGAAAACCCUGAUGCCCGCUGUGAUUCCGGACACGGGCAGCGCCCGUCCGUCUCUGGGUGAGAUGAUGCUGCCAAUCGCAGACCGCGUCAACCAGGUCCGCAAAGACGCUGCGGCGCGCGGCGUGGACAUUGCGGCCCGCCUUGACAAGAUGAAGCUGUCCCUGGACCGGGUGCUGGCGUACCGCAUCGCGGAGCAGGAAGCGCGGACAAUUCCUAAUCUUAAGGAGUACAUGAAGAAACAACGCAGCAUGCCAAUGUACAAACUGGUGCUUAAAGACCCUCCGCCGACCAAGCCCGACGGCACGCCGUACGACAGCAUUGAUAUGGACCGGACUGUCGCCGAUAACAAGGCUUUGCACGACAGCAUUACGCGCGGGAAUUUGUUGGACGAUAUGAAAAAGUUUAUUAUUGGGGAGCUGAACCUUAGUGGUAAGGGUAUUAAGGCGCAACUUAACCACUACGUCGCCAUUAACGCUAUUCAGGAAUGCAUCGGCCGCCUGAACGCAAACUGUUAG